GAAGAUUCGAAUCGUUCAAACUGUACAUCACUAGACAGAGCUCUGUGAUGAAACAUGGCGGGCGCCUCCGACCCCCUGGAAGAUAUGCUCUUUUCAGAGGUGGACGAAAAAGCUGUGAGCGAUCUGGUGGGUUCUCUAGAGUCACAGCUUGUUGGCCAAAGCAACCCAGCAGGUUCCCAUUCGGAGAAAAGAGGCGUUGGGUCUACAGGCAAUGCAAACCACCACUUAGGAAAAACGCCACCUGCCCAAGUGGGCACUACACUAGAACAGCAACAACAACAAGGACAACAUAAAUCUGAUAUGCACCAGGAGACGAACUCUAAAGAAAUCGGCGCCGAAAAAACAAUUACAUCCUCAUCACCAAGUUCCGUUCCGUCCUUUGGCGAGGCUUCCAGCACCUCAGGCACCAGUGUAGACGCUAGCUCGAGCGGUUUGCAAUCACAUGGAACAUCCAUCACAACACAGCCUGCAUCUGGUGUGGCAACUUUGCCAUCACCGCUAGUCAGCAUCAGCACCGCCAGUUCUAGGAGAUCUACUUUGGACUCCGAUGAGACGUCAACAGACACCGAUUCACCAAGAAAACGCAUAACUGCCUCACUAAGGAGUGCUUCUGCUCGAAUACAGACUUUGAACGGUAACGCAGUAACGUCAAAGAGGAAUAGCAAUACAGCUAGAACGGAAAGUGUUAGCGCAGUGGCUAGCGGGGCAACUGGCGAUAACUCAUGUCGGACCGUUACAGCUUGUGUAAAUACAACGACUUUCACUGUAUCUCACUCCAGCAUCACAGCAGGUCAAACAGCGAUUGCUUUAGAUAGAGGGACUCCUACUAUUGCAUUGCAUAGACUCCCUAGUCACAUUGUAGCUAGCAUAGCACAGAAUGGAAAUGGCACGACCGUAUCGGCCUUGGUCGAGCAAGGCGCACGGAUAGGACCUAUCGGCUCUGCAGCAACUUUCCAAGCGAAUUACAAUAAAGAGGGAACCGACACAGGUGCUUCGAAACAGGAUUCUCUUGCGCAGUCCAAAACUGUUGUGUCCAGUCAGUCUGGUGCUGUUAAUUCUGUAAUAAAUGCUGUAUCCACUCCGUCUCCUGUCUUCAACCCAUCCACAAGCCAGACUACUGUUGCUACUCCUGUAACACUUACGGGGAUGUCAAAAACUUCAACAAGUGUGGCAGGGCAAAUUAUCACGACAUCCGCAGGAAUGGUUAGGCCCACAACACCCUCAGCGGCACCUGCAGUGGCAACCCCGACACAGCCCCAGCUUCGACCUGGACUCUCUGCGCCUCAAAGGAUUGUAGCUCCCCAGCUGAUUGUCAGGCCUCCUCAGCAGCAGACGACCAUUCAGCUGCCCCCUGGGUUUACCAUCCCACAGGGAAUGGUGUUGGUGCGCACUGAGAUGGGCCAGCUGGUCAUGGUUCCCCAGCAGGCCCUAGCCCAGGCCCAGGCACAGGCCCAGGCCCAAAACAACAUCUCCCCACGACCUGCCACCCCCACGGCGGGAACUACCUUCAGAGUGACCACCCCACAGAAGGGCCCCGUGGCGCCAGCCGUGGCGGUGACGGCUCCUCAGCAGGCCCCUGCAGUCCUGCCCCCCCAGGCCCAGGCCGCCUCGCAGCCAGCCCUGCCCCCGCAGACCACCAACGCUCCGACGGGCCCCGGAGCCGCUGCCGUCUCCCAGGAGAUGCAGGAAAACGUGAAGAAAUGUAAGAACUUCCUGGCCACGCUCAUCAAACUGGCGUCUCACAACUCUCCUUCUCCUGACACUUCACGUAAUGUGAAGGCCCUCGUGCAGGACCUACUGGAUGCUAAGAUCGAACCAGAGGAGUUCACCAACCGGCUACAGCUGGAGCUCAAGUCAUCCCCCCAGCCUUACCUGGUGCCCUUCCUGAAGAAGAGUCUCCCAGCCCUGCGGUUGUCUCUGCUCAGCAGUCAGCAUUCCCUGACCCAGCCUCCCCAGCAGCAGAAACCCCCGCCCACAGCUUCCAUGCCAGCCAUCGUUGCUGGGCCAGCUGUCCGUGUGCGCCAGCCCAACAGCAUAGCCGCUACCGGGGCCGGGGCGCUACCCGUCGGACACACAGCUGCCCUGGGUGUCAAGCGAGCGGGCACUGCUGGCAGCCAAGUCCAGAUGCCCUUGGUGAUCACACAGACACGAGGCUUGAUGGGGAAGGGAGCCACGAUACAGGCGGGCAGGAGUCCCGGGGGCUUUGCCGUUCAGGGGUUGGGGAAUCAGAAAAACAAGCUCAACGAUCCUGGAGGCGGUACUUUCAGGGACGAUGAUGACAUCAAUGACGUGGCGUCCAUGGCCGGGGUGAACCUGAACGAGGAGAGCGCUCGUAUUCUGGCAACCAACUCCGAGCUGGUGGGCACUCAGAUCCGCUCCUGUAAGGACGAGGCCUUCCUCCACCCAGGUCUGCUGCACAAACGCAUCCUGGAGACAGCUAAGAAGUAUGGAGUCAGUGAAGUUCCUCUGGAGGCUGCCACCUUCAUCUCUCACGCCACUCAGUCUCGUCUGCGCACCGUUCUGGAGAAGGUGUCCGCUAUCGCACAGCACAGACUGGAUGCUUGUAAAGAUGACGACUGGUACGAGCAGUCAGGAGAAGUACGGUCGCAGCUUAAGUUCUUUGAACAUCUGGAGAGGAUGGAGAAGCAGAGGAAAGAUGAGCAGGAGAGAGAAAUUCUGCUGAAGGCAGCCAAAAGUCGCUCCAGGCAAGAGGACCCAGAGCAGGCUCGCUUGAAACAGAAAGCUAAGGAGAUGCAGCAACAGGAGCUGGCUCAGAUGAGGCAGAGAGACGCCAACCUGACAGCUCUAGCCGCCAUCGGACCACGCAAGAAACGCAAGAUGGACUCUCCGGGCUCCACGCCAUCAGGGGCAGAGGUGUCCAGCAGCUCCGCAGGGUCACCGGCCGGUGCCUCCACCUCAUCACGCCAGUACGCCCGCCAACGCAUCACCCGCGUCAACCUCAGGGAUUUGAUCUUCUACAUGGAGCAGGAGCGGGACACUGCCCACUCACUACUGCUCUACCGCGCCCUUCUGAAGUAGCCUCCUCUCCCUGCUCCCCCACCUGUGAGCACUCCCACCCCCCCCCCCCCCCAACGUAACCCAAACUUCCUCCUUAAGGUGCCUUCAAUUGGGUCUAAUUUUUCAGCUCAGUGUCUGUAGUGAUGUUUAACAUAGCUUUUGAUAAGAAGAGAAAAAAACUCGCAGAAAUAUGAAUAUGGUUGUAUGGUUGUGUCCUCUUUGUUUGUAGCUUCAAGGUGUGGCGUAAAUGUAUAGAUAGUCAAGACCAUGCGAAUUCUGAAGGGUUGCAGUUGAUCUGGGUUUUCUAAAGAAGGAUCUGUGAAUUUUUUUGGUGUCAAACGACUUGAGCCAGUCCUGUCCAUUGGUUACCUGUGUGUUUGAUGUUCCUGGCAGCUGAAUGAACCAUCUCAUUUAUUUUUAAGGAAUUAUAUUUUCAACCUAAUACAGCCUACAGCACAUACGUCUCUACAACAUAUUUAUUGAACAGAGUUUGAUAAAUAUAUUGAGAAGUCUGAAGUACAGUCAUAAUUUCAUACCAGUGCAUCAUAUUUUUGAAAAAACAAUAUAGUUUAGAGACUAUAAUAAGCAGCAUAACAUUACAGUGCAUUAAGCUUCCAUUCUUGUAAAUAGUUAUUUUUAAUUAUUUGAACAUGUAUGAUGCAUGUAUAAUGUUUUUACCACACAUAAUGUUUUAGCAAAAUAAGAAAAAAAGAACGACAACCAUGUGUCAAUACUAAAACGAUGUCAAAUCACAGGAAUUGAAUUUUGUCAAAGGAGGCAUGAUAUCUUGUUCCUUCACUUGUAAAGUUUGUCUCAAUACAGUCCUCUCCCCUUCAGACCCUCCCCCAUUCCCUCGGUCAGUAAAGAAACCAUGGUCACAAACACCAGUCCUCCCAGCACAGACUGCAGGGGGGAUCCCCCUUGUUGAACAAGGCACCAUGGUUUUUAUUACCCACACACUUCUGCUUGUGGUUUUUGCUUCAAUACUUCGUUGUUAUCUAUCUGUCAGUUUUGGGUGUCCACGUCCGUUUCUGUUGACUCGGAGGCCUACUCUCUGAGGCCAGGCUAGACUCAGCCCCACGACAGAUGCCCACAGUAGGGUCAUUGAACCAGCAGUCAAUCCGGGACCAUCUUCCGGUCAGUAACACAUUCUAACAUAUCAGGUACCUACAAAGGUGCACAGCAGAGAUGAUGAAAUAGAAAGGCAGUUCUUUCAUUUGAACCUCACUUACAUUUGUAUUUUGUUAUGCUUUGUUUUGUAUUGUUCCUGUCUCUGUGUGUGUAAUGUUGGGACCCAGUGCUUCCCAGCAAGUUUUUGGAUGAUCCCUGUCCUAAGGGUCACACUCAGAGGUAGCUAAGCAAAACCUCCCUUUUGACCAAUCCUUACUUUAAAGGCCUUUGUAUUUUUGGCUUGGUUUUAAACCACUUACACUCACCGUCUAUGCAGCUACAGUCUAUGUAAUUUAUUUGUUAAAUUGCUAACUUUAAGGUUUAUUGUAGUUUCUCUAACAGGACUAUUUUGUUUUGUAUAACUUCACCCAGUAAAAACAACAGAAUAAGAUAACUUACUUAUAAACUAAUUUGAGUGAUUCAAUAAUGACUUUUUUGAAGUUUGAUACAUGCUAAGUGUAUUUUAAAUCAAAUCAAAUGUAUUUAUAUAGCCCAUUUUACAAACAAUGUCACAUAGGGCUGUUAAUAAAUCUGUUGUUUUUCCAAGAACUGUCAAAUAGAAAUUUGAGCACUUCCCUGGAGUGUUUAGGGUGGAAUAAACAGUUAAAAGUUGAGGUAGCCUCAUCUCUACUGUCAGGUAGACAAAACUCCUGUUAAAUUUAGCAACAACUUUACAACAUUCAAGGCUCACACAACAUUACAGAAACGUUUAUCUCAUUCGGACGCCUUAUUAUCUUGUUUGGAAGACUUUUUAUCCCAUUCAGAUAACUUAGUAUCUCAUUGAACGACUUAGUUAAUUAGUUGAACGAGAUACUAUUUAAUACAAGAAAUUCACCCAUGCAAACUAGCUUUCAAAUUGGCAUGCUCAAAUUCAUGACUUGUGCCACUGGCCGUGGAGACAGGGAGUGCGGCCUAGUGUCAGCUAACCCUAACCAGCCCAGAUGGAGAGGGACUGGUGGUUUAGUCGAGUGCCCCAUGCCACUGUGAGAAGGUCAGGCUGCCAUUGUACUCAUGUCUUUGGUUAUUUUCAACCAAUUAAGUAGUUAGAACAACUUGUCUUUUUCAAAUGAAAACAAUAUUUGAAAUUAUAUCCAAAUGAGAUAAUAUUGUGCAAAUGAGAUGAUAAAGUCAAGAGGUAAAUUCCAAAAGUUGUCCGUGUUAGUAAUGUGAUUACUAACACGUUUGAAUGACUUACAGGUCGCUAUGUUUUUUUGCUCUCCUGCCCUUCAGGACAACUGUGAAAUAUGGCCAAUUGCUAAAGAACGCUUAAAUUAUUUUGUAGCUAUAUAUAUUCUUUGUACAUUGGCAGUAAUGCCUGCCACAUUUCACAUUUAGUCAUUUAGCAGACGCUCUUAUCCAGAGCAUUUCAGGCAAAUCAAUUAUAUCUCAAACUAUGAUAUUGGAAAGAAAUGUAAAAAAGCACAAUCUUAAAUAUUUGUUUUGUGGUUACAACAAUUUUAGUAAUUAUUUGUGUGAUUUCUGAUAAAAUACAAAAGGACAUUUCUACUUCUUCAGCUUUUUAGCCAAAACACUAGGUCAAUAUUACUGAUGUACACAGUUGGAAAAUGUAUGUUUUAAUGUAUCGAUAAUAUGUAAAUAUUGUUUACAAAACCAUGUGUUUAUUAGAACUACGUUAUUUUUGGUAAGCACUGUACAUAUAUUGAAAACUUCCUGUUUGUGUGAAAAGCAUACUUCUGUAUUUGUACCAAUUUUGUAAAGGAAUAAAUAAGCUGUUUACUAAACUGA